AUGAAGCAGAAAUCGUCAAAUUUACGAUCCGGAUAUUACUUUGUUCAAGAUAAACCAGCGGCAAACACUUUCGAUGAUAUUCAUCAUAAGAUUGAUAAAGUAAAGGACAUUCACGUUCAAUAUAACAAAGUUGUCGAGAAAGCUGAGUGUUUAUUUAAAGUUGAUGAUGAAAUUAAAGAAUGUAUUAUGUUUACUGAUGAAGAAUAUGAUACGACGGAAUCAUACAGAGACAGAUUUACCGAAAUAAGAGUUGUUUAUGAAAAACAAUAUACAGAAGAUAAAAGUAGCUCUGUAGUUUCCCGUAAAUACUCACAUGACAAUUUAAAAUUGCCAAAAUUACGUAUGAAAGAGUAUGAUCUAAUACCUAGAACCUGGGUUGCGUUUUGGGGACAAUUUUGUCGUAUUGAUGAAGAUGAGAAUAUAAGAGAAAAAAAUAAGUUUCAAUAUUUAUUAUCUUCGUUCAAACCAAAAACAAAGGCUCGUGAUAUUGGGGAAAGUUACCCACCGUCUAAGGACAAUUAUGCGAAAGUUAUAGAGCAUUUGAAGUCCCGAUUUGGGAGGAAGGAUUUACUGACUGAAGUUUACAUUCGAGAUUUAUUAGCAUUAGUCAAUAGUAAAUCGAAUAUCAAGUUAAAUGAUUUGUACGAUAAACUUGGUUCAUAUUUACGUGCGUUAGAGACAUUAGGUGUGACAACGUCUAAUUAUGCAGCAAUGUUGUAUCCAGUUGUUGAAUCGUGUCUCCCAACAGAAAUCUUAAAAGCAUGGGAUAGAUAUAGGCUGAAUAGAGAAGACAAAGAAGAUGAUCCUGUUGUCUCAAAGGAUAAAGUCCUAGAAAAUUUUAUGACUUUUUUACAUGAUGAAGUAGAAGGCGAAGAACAUCGUUUUCUAGCAGAAACUUCAUUUGGCGAUGGUAUGAAACGUAAAGAAUCUAAUAAACCACCACUGAGAGAUGAACCCACUGCUGCUAUUCUAAUUGCGAAUACAUCAGUUGGAAGAAAUCAGUGUAUUUUCUGUGAGAGUGCUCAUGCAAGUCAAGACUGCCAGAAAAUCUCCAACUUGGCUUAUGAGGACAGAAAGGGACAAGUUAUUCGCAAGAGAUGCUGCCUCGUUUGCCUUAAACCUGGUCAUAUCGCAAAAAGGUGCCAUAGUUUCGUUAAAUAUUUGAUUUGUGGACGAAGGCAUUAUGCUUUACUAUGUCCAGAUUUACGAAAGGAUAAAAUUUCCUCGAAGAGUAGAGAAGUUGAUGAGGAGCAACAUUCCACGGAAACUUUGUUAACAAAUUUUCCCUCAGAACGUAAAAUUUAUCUAAAAACUAUGAUUGUCAGACUACGACAUAAAAACAAAGAAGUCUGUGUUCGCACAUUGAUGGAUGAUGGAUCCCAUCGUUCUUAUAUUGAAAAGAGUUUAGUUGCAGAGUUGAAUCUUUCUCCUUCCGGAACGGAAGUGCUUUCUCAAGGAUUGUUUGGAGGCGGAAUUUCUCCUUCUAUGGAGUAUGGGAGAUUCACAGUAACGGUUGAAAGCUUGGAUCGUAAAUAUUCGACUUCAAUGUCUCUUCUUGAUCAACCGAAAAUUUUCUCAACUUUACCAAGGAUAAGUGAUAGAAAUUUAAUUGCCGAACUUGCUUCUCGAGGGAUUAAACUGAUUGAUGUUGGACAAGAUACGCCACCCGUAAGAGUUCUUCUGGGAGCUGAUGUGCUUGGAAGAAUAUUGACAGGAAGAGUAGAGAUACUUGCGUUCGGAAUAUCAGCCAUAGAGACUUUAUUGGUUUGGACCAUUUUAGGAUUAGGGAAGAAAAAACAAUCUGUUUACAUGGUUACACUAGCUCUGCAAAAUAUCGAGCUUCCAAAAAUUUGGGAUUUAGAAGUUUUGGGAAUUAAAGAUCCCAUUGAAAGGAAAAAUAAGUCAAUUCUGGCAGAAGAAACUCUGCUCCAUUUCAAGGAAACUGUAAAAUUAAAAGAUCUACGAUAUGAAGUAGCAUUACCUUGGUUAUCUGGUCACCCACCAGUGUACAAUAUGCAUGAUGUGGCUGAAUCUAGACUACGUUCAGUUACAAAGCGUCUAGUGAAAGAAGAUAUGUAUAAAGUUUACGAUGAUGUUUUAAGACAAUGGCAAAGGGAAGGUAUAAUAGAAGCUAUCGCAGAGAAUGAAAUUUCAAACCCAGGUCAUUAUCUUCCUCAUAGACCCGUCAUCAAAUCAGCAAGCCUCACUACCAAAGUUCGUUCAGUUUUUGACGCAUCCUUCACACGACCAGGAUAUGCUUCUCUAAAUGAAUGUUUAAGUGUUGGACCUAGCCUCUCAGAACAGAUUACUCCUCUUCUCUUAAGAUUUCGCACUAAUAACUUCGGAGUGAUUGCUGACAUUAAGCAAGCUUUUUUACAAUUAAGUGUCAGACCAGAGGAUCCUAAAUUCCAAAAUGAGUCUCUUCAACCGACAGUCCAGAAACUUAAACGAGGAUUUUAUGUGGACAAUUUAACAGUUAGUGUUGAAAACGAAGCAGAAUUAUUACGGUUCAAGGAACAAGCCAUGCAAAUAAUGAAUGCAGCGUCCUUUGAAUUACGGAGUUGGGCUCACAUAGGAAUUAAACAUCUAGAAAGUCAAAAUGUGCUUGGACUUAAAUGGGAUACCGAGACCGAUGAGCUCUACUGUGUUCAUCCUGAAGCUGAUAUGGGAAUAAGUGAUACUAAGAGGAAAUUACUUUCUGUUGACGCCAAUAAGUCAGCAGAACGCUCCGCCUACUAA